AUGUCGGCGAAACCCGAUCCCAGCGCCGGCGGCGAGCAGUGGAAGGCGCAGCUGAAGCUGCCGCCCAAGGAUGAUCGUUACAAGACCGAGGACGUGACGAACACCAAGGGCAACAGCUUCGAGGAUUACUUCCUGAAGCGUGAGCUUCUGAUGGGAAUCUACGAGAAGGGCUUCGAGGUUCCGUCGCCCAUUCAAGAGGAGUCGAUCCCGAUCGCUUUAACCGGCCGCGACAUCCUCGCGCGCGCCAAGAACGGCACGGGAAAGACCGCGGCAUUCGCUAUUCCCGUUCUGGAGAAGAUUGACACCUCCAAGAACCAGAUUCAAGGAGUCAUCCUGGUCCCCACCCGCGAGCUGGCCCUCCAGACCGCCUCGGUGUGCAAGGAGCUCGGCAAGCACUUGAAGAUCCAGGUCAUGAGCACCACGGGCGGCACCUCCCUCAAAGAGGACAUCAUGCGCCUGCACCAGACGGUGCACCUCAUCGUAGCCACGCCCGGCCGGCUGCUCGACCUGGCGUCCAAGGACGUCGCGAAACUCAAGAACUGCGGCGUCAUCGUGAUGGACGAGGCGGACAAGCUGCUGUCCCCGGAGUUCCAGCCGCUGGUGGAGCAGAUGAUCUCCUUCCUCCCCGAGGACCGCCAGGUCCUCCUGUACAGCGCCACGUUCCCGGUCACGGUGAAGAGCUUCAAAGAAAAGCACCUGCGCCGGCCGCACAUCAUCAACCUGAUGGAGGAGCUCACGCUGCGCGGGAUCUCGCAGUUCUACGCUUACGUGGAGGAGCGGCAGAAGGUGCACUGCCUCAACACGCUCUUCUCGAAGCUGCAAAUCAACCAGAGCAUUAUCUUUUGCAACAGCGUCAACCGCGUGGAGCUGCUGGCGCGCAAGAUCACCGAGCUCGGGUACUCGUGCUUCUACAUCCACGCGAAGAUGCCCCAGCACCAGCGCAACCGCGUCUUCCACGACUUCCGCUCCGGCCACUGCCGCAACCUGGUGUCGUCCGACCUCUUCACGCGCGGCAUCGACAUCCAGGCGGUCAACGUCGUCGUGAACUUCGACUUCCCGAAGAACUCGGAGACGUACCUCCACCGCGUCGGACGCUCCGGGCGCUUCGGCCACCUCGGCCUGGCCAUCAACCUCAUCACCAACGAGGACCGGCAAAACCUCUUCCGCAUCGAGCAGGAGCUGGGGACGGAGAUCCUGCCCAUCCCGCCCGCGAUCGACAAGUCCCUGUACUGUCGCUGA